CUUCAGCGGAAGGUAGCAGUUUGUCACAAAACAUUGUAUUUUCCUUCAAUUUCCACUUUUGUGGUCACUUUUUUUCGACAUGGGGUUGUUUGGAAAGACUCCCCAGAAAACCCCAAAAGAACAGGUUAGAGAAUGGUCAGCUUCGCUGCGCAAAGAAGGAAGGGUUUUAGACAGACAGAUUAGAGCAAUAAAGAAUGAAGAAAUGAAAGUCCAGCGCUCAAUCAAAGAUGCUGCAAAGAAAGGAGACAAGGACGUAUGCCGAAUUCUCGCAAAAGAGCUGAUCAAUUCCAGGAAGGCUGUCAGUAAGAUGUAUGCAUCUAAAGCACAGCUCAACUCAGUGGAGAUGUCUAUGAAAACUCAAUUAGCAACAAUUAGAAUGGCUGGUGCAAUGGAAAAAAGUGCUGAAGUCAUGGCUUAUAUGCAAAAGUUAGUUAAAGUUCCAGAGAUCCAGGCUACAAUGACAGAAUUAUCCAAGGAAAUGAUGAAGGCUGGUAUUAUAGAGGAAAUGUUGGAAGAUACUUUUGAAGGUCUAGAAGAUGAUGAUCUUGAGGAGGCUGCUGAUGAAGAAGUUGAAAAAAUACUCUUUGAAGUCACUGCAGGUGUUCUUGGAAAUGCAGAACAUGCUACCACUCCUUUACCAACAGGUGCAGAGGGGGUCUCAGAACCGGAGCCUGAGGAGGACAUGGAUGAGAUGCGCUCAAGACUUGAAGCACUUAGAAGUUGAAAAAAAUCCCCUUGCACUAAACUGUAAUAUUAUUGAAAAACUAAAUGGCACUUCACAUUCCAUUAUUUUAGAAGUUUUGGUGUGGUUUGAUGAAAGGCCAAAUUAAAUUAAUUAUAGUACAAAAAUGUACAAAUCUGAAGAGGCUAGGAAUACCUGGCCAUGCAGGACAUCAAAACAUAUCUAUCUUGUCGUGUGAUUGAUAGUUUAAUCAUUUAUUAUUUUCACUAAUGUGUUUUAGACCAUUGAUAUUUUGAUGGCCUGCGAUUUACUUGUAGAACACAUGAACUAAUAUGUAAUAGUAACUAUUUACUAUGCUUAAAAAUGCCAUUUUUUACAUAAUUGUGUUCUUGCACUCCAUUGUUAUUAGGAUUAAUAUUGAUUUCUAUAUUAUGCUUUUAACAGUGCUUUUUAAAGGACAAAUAAAUUAGAAGGCACAACUUUUGAAUACAACAAUUCUCCCUUCUCACUCAUCAGCCAUCUUGGAUUUAAGUCAAGGCUGAUCACCAUUUCUAAAAGGUUUCAAGAUAGCUGGCAAGUGACAAGGGAGAAUCACAUGCAACCUGCCCAACUUGUCUUUACAACUUGGUUACUACUGUUGUAGAAAUUCAAAAUUUAUUGUUUGAUAUAUUAAGUACACUGCAUCUGUUGCAGCCUCCCUGUAAAGAAGACCUAGAUGUGUUGCAUGCAUUGAUUGUAGGCAAAAGUUGUGCUGUUUAAUUCAGCCUUAAUAUGAUCAUAAAUCCACCCUUGACAAUGUUCUUGAAAUAGGUGUAACAUUUUUAUAUAUGUCAUGUAUCUCCCUAAUAAGAGAUGUAAUUUUCAGUAGAAACUUGCGUAGUACAAAAUAAAUGCUAAAUAACUACUUUGA